GAGCCACUCCCAUCACUCACCUGACCAGCAGAAAGAAGCAGAAAAGCUUCGUAGCCGACAUUCCGUAAGGCUCAUAUGAUCAAGACAUUUUAACGAGAAUGAUGAUCAGAAAAUACUUAUUAUUCACGGUAUUUGCGCUCUCCUGUAUUUCUGGGACUGAAAACAAAGAUAAUUUUAUUGAGUUUACAUCAAAGCUGCCCAAGUACUCCAUUGUAAAACCCCAGGUGAUUCACAGGUGGACAAGGGGCAUCAAUAGACAGCAACAGUCAAAAGAGAACUAUGGCGAUGAGACAUUAUCAUAUGCACUGAACAUUAACAACAGAAGCCACUUCCUGCAUCUUAAAAAGAACAGAAACUUCUUGCAUCCAAAUUUUGUUCAGUAUUCCCGCGAUGUCACUGGAAAAUACAACUCAUCACAUCCACGACCACAUGUGAAUUGCUAUUACCAUGGAGAGGUAGAUGGAUAUGAGCAUUCAGUGGUGGCGCUUAGCACAUGCUCUGGCCUCAGAGGUGUGAUCUUCCUUGAAAAUGAGACAUUUGGACUUGAGCCUGUACCACAGUCCACCACUAAUGAGCACCUUCUGUACCUCCUGAAGGACAUUCAGUCAGAGCCGGUGACCUGCGGGGUCAUUGGUGCAGAUGCAUCAAUGCCACGCCAUGAAAACUUUGAGCCAGGCCAGUCACUGACUGCUCUGCUGAGGAGGAAACGCAAUUUACCUCAAACCAGCUAUGUGGAAUUGGUACUGGUUGUCGACAAUCUCAGGUAUAAUUUCAAGAAAAAAAAUGAUACUGCAGUACGAGACGAGAUGGUGGAAAUGGCUAAUCUAUUGGAUGGGUAUUACAAGAAGCUAAAUAUCCGUGUUGUGCUGGUUGGUCUGGAGAUUUUUAAGGAUAGUAAUCCUUUCAGUGUGGACGGCAGUGCAGGAGAGGUGUUGGAGAGUUUUGUUAAGUGGAGGAAGACGACUCUCUUACCAAAAAUCAGACAUGACAUUGGUCAGCUCAUUGUUGGUCGGCCCCAGGCAUAUGGAAGUGUACUAGGCAUGGCCUUCGUGGGUACAGUCUGCUCAGUAGCGUCUUCUGGAGGAAUCAACGUGUACAGCGACAACAGUUUGGCUUAUAUCUCCACUGUGGUGGCCCAUGAGAUGGGCCAUAACCUGGGUAUGACUCAUGACGAUAACCGUUGCAGCUGUGAUGGAAAAAGUUGCAUCAUGUCAUCAAGUGCUGGGGGUUCUACCAUGUUCAGCCAGUGCAGUGCACAAGACUUCGAGAACCUGAUAACCCGUGGAGGAGGUGUGUGUCUGCGAAAUCCGCCAUCUUCAUCAGAUGUGAUUGGUACUGCUGAAUGUGGGAACGGCCGCGUGGACGAAGGAGAGCAGUGUGACUGCGGCACACCAGAGGAAUGCAAGAAUGAAUGCUGUGAUGCUGCUACCUGUAAAUUUACCCGUGGGUCCUCUUGUGCUCAGGGAUACUGCUGUGACAAGUGUCAAAUCAGUGUUGCUGGAACACCAUGCAGACCAUCUGUUGGCUCUUGUGAUCUUCCUGAAUAUUGUAAUGGCAAAACUGAAUUUUGUCCCAGUGACUUCUACAUAAUGGAUGGACUGCCCUGUCAAAACAAUACUGCAUACUGCUAUGAAGGCCACUGCCAGACAUAUGAUUUCCAGUGCCGACAUCUAUUUGCACGAGAUUCUGCAGUAAAGGCAGCAGAUAUUUGUUUUCAAAAUGCAAAUACGAAAGGAAACUUGUUUGGAAACUGUGGAAUCACCAGCGGCGGCGACUACAUCAAGUGCACUGUGGCAAAUGCAAUGUGUGGAAAGGUGCAGUGCACUAACGUGGACGUGAAUAAUCCCCCUCCUGGUGCCCACGUCAGUAUCCAGGUAGUUGAAGGGUCUACUUGUGUUAAUGCAGACUUCAACCUGGGCACAGAUGUCCUCGAUCCUGCUUACGUUAAUCCUGGCAGCCCUUGUGAUAAAGGAAAGACCUGUUUGGACUUUCAGUGUGUGAAUGCUUCUGCUCUGCUGCCCAACUUGGACUGUCAUGCCACAACUACCUGCAAUGGUCGAGGGGUAUGUAAUAAUCAAGGCCACUGCCACUGUGAAAAUGGUUGGGCUCCACCCUACUGUGACAAAUCAGGAAGAGGUGGCAGUAUUGACAGUGGUCCGGCUGAGAUAGAUUACUCCCUUAGGAAUGGCCUGUUGAUCUUCUUCCUUUUGGUGGUUCCUCUUCUUGGCCUUCUCAUUCUGGUGCUCCUCUACAUCUUUAAGAGGGAUUCCUUGGACAUCUGCCUAAAACGAGGCCCUAAAUCACGUAAUGCCAGAAAUGUAAAUACAAAUGCUGCCAGCACCAAUGUUCAAACUGGUGCCACAGCACAACCUCCACCUCAUAAGCCUGAUCCAUCAGCUACCGCAGCUCCAAUAUCUGGUUUCAGAUAUGGAGAACUAGACUAUUGGAAUUUAGAAACAAAUAUUGCUCCUUCACUUCCACCUGCUCCUGUGCAGGGCCCAGGAGUGCCCAGGCCAAUCCCUGGGAAAGAGAUACCAGCUUGAGUUUCUUUUUAUACAGCAUUUUCUUAACUAUAUUGUGAAUGUAUGAAAUUUACUACAACACAGCUGUGUAUUUGAAAAAAACAAACUGAUGAAGUUACUAAACACCCUCUGUUACGUGCCAGCACCUCAAGGUGUACUGAAGUAUUUGGUGGUAGAACUGGCUUGUCAAGUUUUAUUUAUGAGUAUGUGUACAUUUUAUUUGGUCCUUGCUAAUGACUUGGCAAUUAUGCAUAUGAACUAUUAAAAAAGGGAUUAAAAUUUUGUAUUUUAUGCUAUAUUUUUUUCCCAAAGAAUUUUAAACUUAUUAAUUUCAACUUUUAUUGUUACAUUGUUAUGAAAAAUAUGUAAUAAAAGUGUACUUAUUGU